AGAAUGCAGUCGUAUUUUAUUAAUUUGCUAUCCAAAAUCUAAUCCAAUUUUUGAUCUUGGUAAAUGCCAUGAGACAAAUGUUAAUGAUCAUCAAAUCAAGGCAUAUUCAGUGUUUAUUAAUAGAAACGGAGCGCAUCCUGUUUAUGAGACACCAGUAAGCGGAAAAUAACGGAAAGAAACUAAACAUCGUAUAAUAGUUGGACGGAAGCUAGUGUUUGUGAAACGAGAAUUGGGUGGAAGCUAGCGUAUGCGAAACGUGAAUUCAUAUCUUCUGCAUAACGUGCAAUAUAAUAUAAAAUAAAAUGAGCGAACACGAGGACUUGGAAGAUGGAGAGAUCGAGGACGACGAUGAAGAUGAUGUUCUAGUGCUACCAGUGGAAGAAGAGGAAGUAGUACCUCUAGUGUCAGUUCCUGCCCAACCCCUGGAAGAUUGGGAUGAGGACGAACAACUACACGCACCCAGUGAUAAGGUCGAGAUAGCGGAAAAGAUUUCCGAUGUCAAAGCGCGGCGUAACGAUAAAACGACCCCGCCUAAAAAUCUGAAGCGUAGCAAACCCGCGCCGGUGGUCGAUGAUUGGGCAACUAGCGUUGAAAAUGCCAUUGCGAGUGCACUUAAAAAAGACGGCGUUCAACCUCCAAUGCCAUCGAUUAACAAUCGCUACGAUGAUACCGAUGGCGAAACACCAGCCAAACGGAAGAAACGUGACAAGCAUAAGAAGAAACCAAUCCCAGAGAAAACAGAGGAAAUGGAAGAAAUUGAUCUCGAAUAUGAAAUGAUGAACGUACGAGGCGGAAGUCCCCGUCCAGCGCAGCACGCAGAUCGAAGUGAUUCAGCAGAUAGCUAUAGUUCCGAUGAUUCUCGUGAACGAGAACGGGAGCGAGAUCGAGAACGAAGGGACCGCGAUCGCGAUCGUGAGUACAGCCGUCGCAAACGUAAAAAUCGCCCACGGAACAGAGGGAACCGUGAAAAUCGAAAACGCAAGCGGGACGACUCGGAUGAUGAAAAACAUAAUGGACGCCACAGUGGUCCCCGCAAGAUGGAAUUAUGCAAGUUUUACCUUAUGGAUUGCUGCGCAAAGCGGGAAAAAUGUUUGUACAUGCAUUCCGAUUUUCCCUGCAAAUACUAUUACCUAGGUCUAAAGUGUAAGGACAAAGAAAAGUGUCUUUUCAGUCACGGCGAACCAUUAUCGGACGAACUAAGGGUAAUUUUGUUGAAGCAUUUGGAAACGGCACCACAGGAAAUACUCGGAGAUUUCCCCCGAAUCAGCAGAGAGAGUGCAAAUACCAUGAUCAAUGCAACUCAUCGGAAACUGCUGGAAAAGUUCGGAAUGACCGAGAAGAUGGGUUCGAAUGAUAACUCUGGUGGAGGUAAAAUUCCCUCACUACUAGAUAUGAUCGGAUCUAGUGAUCGAGGAAGUAGCAAAAAUCGCAGGUCUAGGUGGUGUGAGAAAAAUACUGCAGACUCACUAGAAGAAAGCGGAAAAAGCAGUGGAAGUCCAAAUGGGGAUGUCUUAAGCUUGAAACAUUUAAAUGGCGUUAUAUCUCAGGAGCAGAUUGCAAAUUUGGAGCAAAUGGGAAUUCAUAACCUAGAUCAGAUAAACCAGCUUACAGUAGCACAGUUGAACGAGCUUGGACUGAGCAUUGGUCAAAUACAUGAGCUGCAGCUGAACUCUCUCAACAUGAAAAAAUUGAGAGAUAUUGCAAAACUUGGAAAUAAAUCAGAUGAUCUAGAAUUUCCUGAAUCAACGUCGGCUUUGUCGCUUACUAACAGUAAUAAAGACCUGGACAUGCGAAUAACACCCUCACACACGUCCCUGCAAGAAGAUUCCUCUGAAACACACACGCUAGGUGGAAAAGACGUCGACAUGAGAUUUCUCCCAAUGGUCAGUAAAGCUGCACAGGAAGCAACUACUGGAAAAAUUCCCAACACCCAAGAGGACAACCUGGAUCUAGUUUCCAGUUCUCUGACUAAUCUCAUCAAAACGCCAACCGUGGACUAUUCUCAGUAUCUCAAAGAUUCCAAUCUGAACGAUGAUGAUGACAUGGAUAAUACUGAGAAUACAGACAAUCUGCUGAUAGCUCAUGAUGAUGAGGAUGAUGAUGACGAUGAUGAAGAAAACAAUCUUAAAAUCAGCAUUGAAGACGAAGAACCGGUGGAGAAAAACCACAUCUGCACUGAUAACUGGGAUAGUGAUGAUGAACCACUCCUUCCUAAACCGGCUAUUUUUGAUACAAAAUUGGUUAAUCGCUCGGUGACCCAAAAAAUCGAUUAUUCCAAACCAUUUGGGAUGUACAAGCCAGCUGAAGAUGAGCCAGAGAAAUGUAUAGAUUCUUUUUCCCAAAUUCGUUUUGGUAAUAGUUCGGAGCAAACGAAGAAAAAAGUUGACAUCUUUAGUCGGAAAUCGAUGUACAAUGCAAGCGUUAAUGCAUCCGAGAACACCGGUUCAAAAUCUCCAUCAACUAACAAACAGCAAGAACCCUCAGCGAACAGUGGACAAACGAUGGGUUGGACGCCGAACUCUAGUACUACACCAGGUCCUACAGCAACUAAGACGGUCUCUCAACCAUCAAAACCACCGAGGCCAUCGAUUUACGAUGACCCGUGCAAUAGCGAAAUAAGCGACGAUAGUGACUCAGAGUCUAAGUCUUCGAUGUACACAGAUCGGGACAAAGAUAUGAGACUAGGCUUCCUGAAUUUGGAUGCAAAGAUGGGCGAAGAAGGGAACUCUUUUAUCGAUGUGGAUCUGCGGCUACCGUUUAAACCCAUCAUGACCAAUUACAUCCCAGCGACGGAGAUCGACGGAUCGAUCACCUCGCAUCCACCAAUCGUCUACAAGAUUACCGAGGUGGACAUCCCUAAGCCCAACUACAAAGAUAUACGACGAAAUACGCCCCGCCCGGAAAGAACCAAAGAUCCCAGACUUCGGAGAAUAUUUGGUAUUUCUAAUGAGGAUAACAGUGAUAGUAAUAGCUAUAGAGUGGAUUCAUUUAUUCCGGGAAUACGAUCACCGCCGUCUGCACCCCCACUUGCGGCACCCGUGGUAUCAGCUGGUCCAGUUGUACCUCGCAUAGACCCUCGAACAAAGCGGAAUCAGGAGAUCAAGGCCCAAGGAAGCGAACGCAACAGCGCCAAUACAAGGACUGGUAACCCUGUACAACUGGACGUACAAACCAUUUUGCAGCGAUCAGCCUGGUACACGGAUCUAAGCUCGAAACACAAAAUUAUGGUUAAUCAGCAACUCGCGAUACUUACAACGGAGAUGAAGAAAUUCCAUAGCUCAGACAAAUCGCCUGAUUUGUUAGCCGAUUUCAUGCAACUUCUAGCGGGAAACCAGAUGCUGCAGUUCAUAUUAACUAAUCUGAACGUUUACGUUGACGACUCAGUGGCGUUCUGUGAAGUUCCUCUUGUUCCUGCAAAGCCACCACCACUAAUGUCUGUAUCUCCCCCUAACCUUGGACUUCCUCCGAUGGGGAUGAUGCCUCCCGUUGGUAUACCACCUCCCAUCACGAAGCCACCCUCUCUUUUCGAUCUUCCCCGGUUUAAUUGUCCUCCAGAAGUAAGACCAGGAUUGCUUGGCGUAGCCCCUAAUAUGCCUUUUGAGCAGUUCCUUGCCAUGGGACAGGUUACUAAAAACAAUAAUCCCCCUCCGCUUCUAGAAGAAUGGAUCGAUGAUUACGAUGAUGGACUAGGUGGCUUAGGUGGCGGUGGUGGAUUCACUCCCAACUAUGAGCAGAAUAUGGGGAAUUUUAAUAACAUGCGCAACAAUGCGAUGAGGAACAACAGGAUAGGCAAUAAUAACUUUAGAAAUAAUGAAAGAUGGAACAAUUCAAGGGGAGGGGGUGGAAACAGUCAAAAUCGCCGAAACAAUAAUAAUCGACGAAAUGUAGAUAAAAAGAAGUGAGCAAAGAAUGAUUGACGAUGGUACCUUUUGGGCUACCCGUCGAAUGGUGUAGACAAAUCAUCUCGCAUGGUUGAGAAUCCAUCGAAUGCCAUUGUUCUUCCCUAUCUGUUCGCUUCAAAAUCUCCAGAAUCUGAGAUUUUGAGAGAGUUGCCGAUUUACUUCCAUUUCCAGUUCCCUGUUUCUUGUGUUUUAUUAAGGGAAAGUGUAAAUAUCUAAUAGAUGUUUUGGUGACUGUGUGAAUGGGAUUUUUUAGUUGGGAAUGAAAAGUACUCAUUGCUGUUACGUAGAGUGUAUGUAUGAAUAGGUGACUUUUUGACAUGAUUCACGAAUUCCAUUGAGUUCUCUUGUCAGCUUUAACAUGCUUCGGCUAACGACUAACGCCAGAUCGUAUUAUUACGUGCAGGGUUAUUAAUUGCCACAGAUAGUUGUUUGGGGGCAUCACCAAACACUAGUAAAUAGUACUAUUACAUUUAUAGCCAGCUUAGUACCGUAAGUUUCAUUGUAAACUGUAGAAAGAUAAACCAGAGAGAUUAUCCCAAGAAGCAAAUGUUUAAAUGUUUGCAUAAAUAUGCA